UGCAAAACCCGCCAUUUUUGAAGACUUCGAUGGAAGUUUUCUGAAAAAAUAACUUUUUCUAUUCUCAAUAAUAUGGAAAAUAGAUGAACAUUACCGAUCACUGGAGAUGGAAGCAAACUUCGAAAGGGAGCUUAAACGUAUGUUCUUAUUUUUGCCUUGCUUUUUUUGUCAAACAACUCAAAGAUAUAUAGCGUCUUAGCUAUCGAUAGAUCUAAAGUUCACAUGGAGACAGAUCGACGAGAUUAAACAUUGAAGGUCUUAAUGUGUUCGUGAUUCUUUUUUGCACGUUUUUAUUUAGAGCUCAAGAAGAAAAAACUUAAAGCGCAGGAAAAAGGUGAUCUAGCCGAAGAGGCUAAACUCUGCAAUGCUGUUGGGGAAAUGCUUUUCCAUUAUGGUGAGAACACUUGAUUACGUAUUGUGAGAUCUUGUUAACAGAACGAAUUCGACCAAUAAAACGAGGUAAAUGUCAUUAAUAAUCAAUAUCAACUCAUAACUCAGGGUAAAAUGCCCGGAGAGCCACAUACCUCAUUAUGCACACAGUUUUUGGAUAAAGGAAACGAUGGCGACUUUGGGACUACCGCUUUGUUUUUGUAAAGAUCUCCGCACAACCCCAUACUACAUUCAGAUUAAAACUGAUUAAAAGAUAAUUUAAACUUAACUUAGCAUGGUGUAUAUCAUGUGAUGUAAAGUGAAGUGUGUCAUUCAACUUACUUAGGAUUCUAUGAAAAGGCUGUUAAGGAACACACAAGGGAAGUGCAGUUAUCUGAAGCAAGUCAAGACACUAUUGGAGCUGCUAUUGCUCACAGAAAAGUGGGAGAGUGUUUGUGUGCACUGAAAAAAUAUAAAGAGGCUCUGUUUCACCAAAACUUGCAUCUUGAGGUAAGUCUCAGUAACAGAUUGUUGCCAACAAUGUUAUGCCCUCUCUUCAAUAUUCCCUCUGAAUCACUAAAAUUGAAUUGUAUUUAUUUCAUCCCAGACAUUAUUCAUAUGCUGAUAAAGCUAACUUAAAAUGGAGCCUUAGUCAAUUAGUUUUUAUUGGAAAUGAGGGGUUCUUCUGUGCACUUUCAUCAAUUCAUUUGAGAACAUUAUCAUCAUCCUGGUUGACUAUAGCGAGAGUGACCUACACAGAUGAGGCCCUGGUAUUGCUCUUUUCCUCCAAUGCGUUCGAUUUUCCCACUAUGUAGCUUUUUGGGGAUGCAAAAUACAGAUAAAGAGCCAUCACUUGACAACCAAAUCUUUGUGGCUCAAUGGCUAAUCACAAUAUUUUUUAGGUAAACUUGCUUUAUGCACAAGACUUCCACUACUCAAAUCUCCUCUUUUUACUUUAAACACACAAAAGCUUGCUCGAUCAGCAAAAAAUCUUGUUGAAGAACAGCGGGCCUUGGCCACCAUUGGGCGCACAUGGCUUGUCCACUCAGAUGAUGCAAUCAAUAGUGACGAGGUGGAAGAAUUUCUUCUUGAGGCACAGACUGCAUUCCUGAAAAGUCUAGAUGUCUGUGACAAACUACACAGAAGUGUUUCCCAAAAGGAAUUGUUAGAGAUGAAGUCAAGAUUGUAUCUCAAUCUUGGUAUAAUUUAUGAAAACCAGAAGGAUCUGUGUAGAGCCAAGAAUUUUAUGGAGAAGGGUUUGAUCAUUGCAAGGUAAUUUUUCUCUGUGCAAUGUAUAAUUGGAAUUGGAAACAUUACAAACUUGAGAACAAAAGUUUAUCUUUCAAAUUAAGAUUUCAUCUUGGGAACAAGAAAUAGUUCUUGUUUAAGUUGUAAAUUUUUCCCUGUAAAAUGUACAUAACCCACAAACCUCCACCCUUGCUAACAAUAACUCUUGCAUGCUACACAUGCCUAUAUAUUGUUUGUUCCACACUCGCAACAAGAUGAAAAACAUCUUUAUCUAUUUCUUCUCCGUUCAGAACUCACCAUCUCUCUUAUUCCAUUUACAAUGGUAUUAAUGCUUGAAACAUCAGCUUUCAAAAUUCACUAAGGUGGUGUAUUGACCUCUAUCAUAUUCUUGAUGAUGAUCAACUGGUUAGCCUUUUUAUACUUGAAUUAAAAGUUUAUGUGGAACUGAGUUCAGCAAGCUUCAAUAAAUACACUCUACCAUGCUGAGGCUUUGUGUUCUCACACUUACAGAGAUCAAGGUUUGAGGGACACUGAGUACCGCUGUCUACUAGCAAUUGGUGGUAUUCAAAUGAAAUCUGAUCAAGAUGCACAUGCCUUGAGGUGCUUUGAACAGGCCUUACUGGUGGCCAGACAGGGAAACAACAAGUUUGAUGAGGCAGAUGCUUUGGCUUUGUUGGGAAAGGUACUUUAGGAGUUAACCUCUUUUAUUUACCACUUCAUGUUUAAGUGUUGGGGUGAAUGGGGUAUCAGAUGAUCUAUUAAAUAAUUCAGAAAGAAAUAAACCUGUGACUUAACUUUGUCAUUCAUGACAUACAACUGUCAGUCACAACAAGACUGAACCCCACAUUUCUGCGAAUUAAGUUGAACUGUGACUUAAUGUGACCAGGCUCACAAAAUGCAUGACAUUUUUGUCAUAGUUUUAGAGUUACAUCUGCAGAAACUAUUUCCUAUUGAUAAUCAAGUCAUCCCACACACAGGAUGUGCAUCAUAAAUUUCUUGUAUGUCACACUAUCAUGCCUAGCUUCAAAAUCAUAAGAAUUUCCUGUUAUUGUUUGAUUCCUUAUAAAAGAAGUACAGUUAGUUAGUUUAAUUCAGUAGUUCAGAGUGUCAAGACCUGCACCUACAAGCUCAGGACCUCUUGGUCACAAAAAAAGUAACUCCAUUGUAACCGCAAGUUGGUGACCUAUUUGACUGAGGAUUUGCUUGCAAUCACCUUUUUCUUUUUUGUAGUUUCUUGUAUAAAUAAAUUUAUUUGUGGCUAUAUGUCUGUCUCAUUGUUCAAAUAACAACAUCAGAACCUGCCUUGGUCACAUCAAUUUAAACUUCUAAUUGCCAGGCUGAAAGCGGACCUGGAAAAGACCCCUCAGAAACAACAGCACUAUAAUGCCCCACAAAUAACUUCCUCAUUGCAUUAGUAUAGGGAAGCAAACUGAACAACAUAUCUUCACUGACAGACUAAAACUGGCCAAGUAGUUUUUACAAACCAAACUUAAGCUUAUCCUAAGCAAAGAACUCCUGGUGUGAUUCUAUUGACAACUGCUGUUGAGGUUGUCAAAAUGUCAAUCACUGUCACCUACAUCAGUCAUUUUCAUGUUCCCCCUUAUCCAGAUAAUCAGAUUGCAUGAUCAAUUAUUACCCAUCUAUUCAAACCAUUUACAGUGGUAGAUUUAUUGUUGAUGUGUACUUUCUUAUUUGUUAGGUUUUCCUCAAGCUGGGGGAAUUUUCAGCUGCUCGUAGUAAUUUAAAGAAAGCAUACAUUAUUAAUAAGACCAAGAGAUCUGAUGAUCUAGAGGAAUUGAAAUCAAGUUUAGCAACAGGUAAAGCCAAAUCUGAGGCCAUUUUUUUUCAUAUGUCAUUUACUAAACCACAGCAUUCUUAUCAUUUCACUUGUUUUGUCUUUGUAGCCAUAAAGGGAAUUAGAUUUGAGAGAAAAUGGGCUAAACUCUCAGAAUUUUCUCUGGAUGAACAAAUUAAAAUAUUGGACACCCUUGGUGAUCUGUACUGUCAAGCAAAGUCUUUCCGCAAAGCUUUAGGUUUCUACAAGAGGGAGGUAACUUUUCCAUUCAAUUUAUAGAAUAGCUGCAUUGUAUUGUAUGUUCACCAUGCAAAUAAAUUCUUAAUAAUAAAUGCUUUUAGACUCAAGUGGAAUUCUCUUGAUGUAACCACCACUGGACUUGGUUUUAACACCAAUACAGGGAAAAAAUUGUAUAAUUCUAUUAGAUAUGAGUGGUGAAUCUUUUAACUCUGUAACUGAUCUGACCGUCUUGUAGUGAACUUCAGUUGUGUGUAAAAUUGACAAAAUUUAUGCAAUUUAAUGGAUUCCGAACUGAAAUAAAGUCACAAUUAAUAAUCUGAGCACUAAUAUUGUUCAAUUGUUUCAGUGCAAAAAUGUACAUCGACAAAUAAAUUUUUUUAUUACUUAUUAAUCAUAGUUGUAGCAGCCCCUGUUUUAAUGAAGAAAGCAAAAAAAAAUGAUAAUUAAAAACUAUGAGGCUUAUUUUGAGAAUGAGGGGUUCAAAAUAUAGCAGAGUGGUAAUUUUAGGAGAUUUCAAUGAUAGUACUUACUGGUUUCAAGGCUAAUUGACUAUUAAAAUGUCUCAACUCUGCAGCUUGAUUUGGCCAAAUGUGCAGGGAAGUCUGGCACAGAGCUGUCACCUAUUUUUGUGUCCCUUGCAAUAACAUACUUUGACCUCAAAUGUCCUCAAGAUGCCAUUGACUGCUACAUGAAAGAACUAGAAACAUUCAGUUUGGAAGAAGGGGAUGCCAAAAAGGUAAACUGGAGAGUAAAAGUUGAAUAUUUGAAAUUUUUAUUUCACAUUUAUUUACCUUUGACCAUAGACUCCUAUUUGUAUUAACUAACUGGUACAGCUUGCUACAUGACUGCAAAACUCAGUUUGCCAUAUAUUGUGACUCCCAUAUGAUUGUUGAUUAAAUUUCCAAGACUGUUUCCCAAUUGCUAUGGUGGCCAGAAGGGUUGCAGCUUACAGUACUGUUCUUUAAGGUUCUUUGUAGUAAUAGUAAAAUUGAGUUUUUAAUAAUCCAUCUGCUCUUUUCUCCUUAUCAGUGCUGAGACAGAACGAGCAAAGUUUUCCUUUGAACCUGAUCUACUGAGUAAUCUGAGAAAAUUGACCAUUAUUGUGUUUGGUCCAAUGCCUUUGCUUCAAACUGUCUAACAAGCAGGGGUUUCAAUAAAUUUUUCUAUAAGUGGCUGCCAAUGGUGUUAGUGAUAGGUGGCUGUGCCAUAAGGCAAAAGCCAGACACAAGAGCCUGAAAGAGAAGGCAGCAAGAUGUCUUAUGGACAGUGGUAGACCGCCAUUAACUGGCUUUCAGUGAAACCCCUGUUUAAUGGUUGUCAGAAGAAUGUAAAGUGGUCCUAGUUCAAGUUGAUGAUGUGUUACAGUCCUCUAAGAGCUUUCUUUUUUUGUUUUCUUAUUUGUAGAAGUGCGACACGUGGUGUAACAUUGCAUAUGUGCAUGAUAAAAGUGGACAUGAUUAUGAACAGAUUGAAGAUGCCUACAUGAAGGCCUUGUCUUAUGCCAAACAAGCUGGAAAACCACAAGCUGUGGUAGGAAUAAAAACUAAAUUUGUUAUACUUAUGUUCCCUUGAGGUAGGCAAGCUUUGCUUAGGAGGAAACUUUUAAAUGAUAUGGACGAAGUAAGUGGGUCUAAGCAACAUUGUAGGCGUUUAGGAUUGAUACAGUAGAAAAUUGGUUAUGGUUUCUGAUAAUUUUGAAUAAAAUCAUCAGGAAGUAUGAUUGACCCUUUCACCUCCAAGAUCUCAUUAGUAAUUCUUCUUGCCAUCAUCCAUACAGUUCUCGUGAUAUUGGUUCUGAGAAUUCGGUAUUUUAAUUGUAAGCUUUUGGAUUGAGUUACUUGAAAAGAAAGCAAACCAGAAAAAUAAAUUGACAGAAAUAAACCUCUUCAUCCAAGCUGCCAGCUCUGCUAAUUAUCUAUGGUUAAUGUUUUGAACAGCUGAGGGUGUGGAAAUGCUUAGCAGAUACACAAAAGAUGUUUGAUCUCAAAGACAAGUACCAAACAUCAGUUUCCAAAGUUACAGAACUUGAAAGACAGUUUGAUAUUGAAGUUGUUAGUGAUGACAGUGAUGAUGAAGAAGGAAGUAGUAAUGGUGAUGAAGAUCUUGCAAAAGUUUUGAUUGAAAAUGAAUUACUUCUCUCAGAAUCUGGUAAGCAGAGGGUAGUUCUUUCUAUUGACAAAUAAUGUAUAAAUAGCCCACAGGCAAAGCCCCUAUAAGCCCUUGUUUAGUUUUAACAUAUAAUCAGUGAUUGCUUCUUUACAUCUUUCUCAAGUGGUAAACUAAAUAAUAUUAGCUACCAGUCCAUGCUUUGUUUUACUGCCUCUGGUUAUGUUUAAUCAAUAUCAAGGUGCUUUUUUUAAUAAAUGUAAAUGGUUUUUUAUUUCUGAACAAAGAGUAAUCAUCUUUGUAGCUUUAAUAGGAGAGGGCUAAGUUUAUUUCCCCUCAAUUUUGUAUUUCUAUGUAGAUGAGGAUAAUGACAAUGAAGGAGAAGAUUCCAGACCGAGGAAUAGUUCAAGACAACUAAGAACAAGAAGCCAGGUGAAUAUAUUGUAAAUGUAUUGAAGAUUAAGUAAAUAAUUAUUUAUGGCUUUUGUGAUCUAGACUCCAUCAGGUGGCAGUUAUAUCAUACGAUAAUGCCUUUUGCUGGGUAAAAAAUUUAAAACAUAAAUCAAGAAGCCAGCUUCUUGCACAAGUGAGAUCUUUUGGGAAAUAUUUUUCAAGUACCAGUAAUUGGUUUUCCUUCACAAUAGCAACAAACCAUUUGGAAAAAAAGAAGAGCUUAAACAAAUAUAGUGCAUUUCCUUGAGGUAUGUUUUCAAUUGAUAAAUAAAAUUUUCAUCUUAAUUUAUUUUUUCUGUUUUGCUUUUUGACAGCGAAAAUAUGUGAAUGAAAAAGGAGAAACCCCACUACAUGAGGCAGCAAUUGCAGGAAAUUCACAACUUGUGAAAGAGCUGUUGGAAAAGGUGAAUGCUAUUCGAGCUGUUUGUUAGUUUUUUGGGAAGUGUGAAAGUUAUUUGCUGCUGAUGUAAUGUACAAACUAAGUUAACAUUCAGAAAAUGACUUUACCAUACAUUAUAUAUCUUAACAUUUAAGUAGCCCAAGAAUUUCCUAAUACUCAUGUAAAUGAAACAUUUUAUGUGCUUCAGGGUAUAUUGAUGCAAUGCUCUACAAAGGAUGUUCAUUUGUUUACUUAAUGUCCAUUUUCAGGGAUCUGAUGUCCAUGCAAGAGAUUACUGUGGCUGGCUUCCACUUCAUGAGGCUUGCAACCAUGGUCACCUAGGUUCUGUUCACUUUCCUGUCUUGCAUGAAACCAACUGAAAAACCUGCAUACACUUGGAAACAGUCAGUCUCAGAAUACACUUGAUUUAGGAGGAUCUUGAUCAUUCUCAGAUUAAAUUGCAUGGAGAUUGUUGGAUUUAAUCUUGUGACUUAAAAGGUGUUGGGUGUUCAUUUUUCUUUGGAGGGGGAGGGGGGAUACAUUGGCAUAGACAACAAUGUUUUAGACCCCUUCUCGAAAGAUUCAGGUUAGAGCUUUUGUUGGAUCACUCUGUUGUGUUCCUGGAUGCAAGAAGACACUUAACCCUCACCGUGCUUCUCUCCAACAAGGCCCCUGUUCAUUGGGUGGAUAAGGCUUUCCACUGGAUAAAUUCCCAUCUGGUGGAUAGUAGAAUACAUUUUGUUGACACUUAUCAGCUGGGUAGCAACUAAUACUUUGGAUAGUGCUACCUUCCCUUCAAACAGUGGGCUCAGGUGUAUAAAUGAGUGCCAGCCAAUGGUCAGGAUACCUAAAAUUGUUUGAAAUACCGAAGGGAUAAACCUAUAAUAGACUAGCAUCCCACAGGAGGAUAAAGGGGGGAGGGGGGGGUAAUACUGGUUGUGCCUUUGUACUAUUGUAAGCUUCCACUGGAUGAGCCUUUGGACUCAGAAACUGAAACUACCUUUUGAUUUGUAGAGGUGGCUAAGCUUUUACUCAUGGCAGGGUCAAAUGUUAAUGACCAGAGUGGUGAACACUGCUGUGGAGUGACACCUCUCCAUGAUGCAGCUGAGAAUGGUCAUGUUAAUGUUGUCAAGCUCUUGCUGUCUCAUGGAGCAUCCAUCAAUCUGAAAGAUGACAAGGUUAGUUUGGAGAAAUGCGCAGAAUCAUUGUACAUCAUAAGUCAGGUAGUUUACAUGGUAAGAAUGCUUUGGGGGUUUUACAAAAUGAGGUAAUUUUUGUGUGUUAUCCUCGUGGAUUGUCUUUGAUCUGCAAAAAAAAUAGCUCGUAUAGUAAAAUACUCCCAAAAAAUAGAACUACUAAAAAUUACAGCCUUCAGACAUGUGUAUUAUUCCUGAAUUAGUUUUCUUCUUAUUCUCCAUACUUAGACAUAUUUAAAUAUCCAUUGCAAAUUGACUCCCUGUACCUCCUCUCAAUGGGACUUAAAAAGUAAAAAGAAAAAAAUUGGGAAAUGUUGUAAUUUCUCUCCUUGUUAACCCUUUAACUCCCAUGAUUUUAUCAUUAAUCCUCCCCUUUAGCUGCCACACAUUUCCUUUUAAAUUAGUGAUAAGAAUCUGUCACUGGAUCAAAAUAAAAACUUGCACUGAAUAAGUUUGAGUAUUCACUUCACCUGUUUGUUGGAUAAUGUAUUGAUAUUAUAGGGAAAAGUUACAUGUCUAUCACUUCUAGGAGUUGAAGGGUUAAUAUUCUGCUGGUCUAAUAAAGUGUUAAGCAACUGGUGUUUUUUGCAUGAGUGAAAACAGGGAACAUUGUUAUGGAGAUGGAAAUAUUGUUUCAGUUAUUUUUUUGGUGGGGAAUGGAAGGAUUGAUUGACCAUGAUUCACAAAUUUUUUCACUCUAAUAUCUCAAGCUAUGCUUUUUUUUCAUACCUAACCUGAUUAAGCUGAAGUUGAGCUUUAUGUUUUUAAUGGUCCAGCUGCAGUUUCUAGUUUACAUCAUUAUAAAAAUGGCAUUAAUUAUCUUUCUAUUUGACAAUUUCGUGAUUGCUCUGUUUGUUUAUACAGUGUAAUAAUACUCAUACUAGUACAAAUUCUCUGCUUUUAGUUUGUUUGUUUGUUUUUAUCACCAGGGUCGUACAGCUUUGGAAGCAGCCAUCCAGACACUCAAUAUUGAUAAAGCUGAUGAUGAACUGUCUACUGGAAGACAGCAGGUGGUAAAACUUCUGCGCAAUCACAAAGCAACUAAAAUUAGUUCAGAAUUAAGGAGACGAAAUGUAGUGUUUGAUGAUGAUGAUAAUGAUGAAGAAGCAGAUGAGUCUUCUCAAGAGAGCACAAGUGCUCUGCAAAGAUUCAAUGAUAAAUUAAUGAAGAAGGAGAUUGAAAGACUUCAGAGAAUGAACAAAAAAAUUUUGGACAACAGCAACCAAGGCCAUGUGGAUGAACCACAUCCUCCCAAGACCCUGAGCAAAGGAGCUUUCAUAAGUGAGGAUGAUGAUUCGCAGGAAAACCAACUUGAAGUUGUCCUUUCGUAUCCUUCUAGUUCUUCUGGUGAGCCAGCACAUUCUUCUGUUCAUCAUGUGGUUGGCAGUGCUAAUGACAUGUUUUCUUGUGAUAGUGAUGAAGCAUCCUUUGAUGCUGUUCACAAUAAUGGAAUUGAUGUUGGUGAUGAUGAUAGUACUUAUGCAUCUAUGGAUGAGGAGAAUGGUGUUGAAAUGGUUGAUUUGAAUGAUCAAAACUCUGAUUUUGGGUUAAGUGCAUUGAUAACUGAUCCCAUAAUAGAAACAUCAAGUGAUACUAGCAGCCAUUACACUGGUCCAGUAGCAUCUCAUAUUUCUCAAAAGACUGCAGAUUGGCUUGUGGAUGAUGUUGGACCAAGGAGGGCAAAACGUAAACGUCAAGCAAAGCUCACAAACCUUGCUAGAUCAACUGAUCACACCAGACAAACGGCAACCGCAUCUAGGCCAAGACAUCGGUUAAGUCUUGGUAACACUCACAAAGGGCCUCGCCCAAAGCAAUCAAGAUUGGUUGUAUCACAAGAACCUAAAGCACCAGAGAGUCCAAGUAAUACCAUGUUGUCUCAUGAUAAUUAUGUGACAAAUCAUUGGUCUCAAAAUGAUCUUUUGACAUCGAUACCAUCUGGAUCAGAGGUAACAUCUACUGUUCUAGGUGUAAGAACUAGUCUUUAUGACUCUCCUGGAGCAAGUUCAAGACACACAGGAACCCCAGGAGGAACUCCACCCAUGCGCCUUAAAGUAUGGGUGCAGGAUAAAAUGUUUCUUAUUCCAUGUCCUCAAGGCAAUGCACAAGAAGCUAAGAGUGUUGGAUGGUUAGCUGAGCAGGUUUGUUUUGCUUUAUCUCUCUUGAGCUUACAUCUCUAGUGUAAUGCCUAAAUAAUUGCUCAGGGCCAAUAAUUCAUGGAUUUUACAUCUUUUCUCAUUCAUUCCAUAUUCAUCUAUUUAUUUUAACUUAUUUUGAUUUAAUGAAAUUUAUUUUGCUGGAUAUGAAUAAACUUAUGCUCAAACAGGUGUAUGACCUUUUUUUUUCUAGAGAGAGAGAGAGAGAGAGAGAGAGAGAGAGAGAGAGAGGGAGAGUAGCAACUUUAACCAUUGUACCCCUAAGUGACCAGCAUCUAAUUUCUCCUUGCAAUAUCACUCUGAACCAAACAUUAUGGUCAUGAGAAUAAAGGGAGCUGUGAUUGCUAACCUAAAGAAGCUCCAGCUCUCAAACAAAUAAUUAUCCUUGUCAGCACCUCAGAAAAUGUGUAGAAAACAGUAUGGUGAAUAUGCAUACUGAUGUUAGUGUGUAAAGGGUUAAUUUUACACUCAAACUAUGGACCUCACUGUGGAAUUGCAAAAUUUAAAUUACAUUACAGAUCUCUCAUGACACAAUUGCAGUAUUCUAGAUUUCUAGCAUAACUUUAUAAAUUAAAGUAUUUUCAACACUUUGGAUGUGCUAAUUUUUCGGUACUUGCUGUUGUUUUUACCUCAAAGGCUUCCCUCAGGUACUUUUCCUCUUCUGGCCUUCGUCCUGUUUUAGCCCUGAAAACAAAGGAGGGUGCUUUCUUGUCAGUGGAGGAUAAAAUCACAGAUGUACUUUCAAGUAAUGAAGAAGUUAUAGCAUCAGUGGAAUCUUGGGACUUGCCUGCAUUGUCAGAGAGAUAUCAUGAUGCAUGUCUCAACACCAACACUGGUAAAUUAUACUUUACAAAGUUUUAGGAGGAGGAGUCUUAAAAAAGCCAUUUAUUUAGUUACUUUGAUUGUAUUUAGUAUUGCCUUUUUGUGCAUUUUGUCAGACGUAUUUGCUGUGCUUGCUUGCCUUGACAAAUCUCUUGUCCAUGGAAGAUUAUAUAUCUGUGUUGUUUUCUAUGGUGUAAAUAAUCUAAAGCUUUUUUUACUUCGUAACUUUUCUGGUGGAUUUUCAAGGGAUUCCCCUUCCCUUCCUUUCACUCUACAUUCUAAAUAUCCAGGGUUUUUGCAUCAUCUUGAAAUUCUUACUUGCCUUGCCAACCCAAUGGUUGCAGCUUGGAACACUGUACCAAAGUGCUGGAUCACAGAUAAACACUUGUAUCUCAUUAAUAACACCACAACAUCUUUGUUGGAUAUCUCAUUCCUUAAAAAAGUGAAUUAAUCUGAUCAGAAAUCUUUUACCUCACUCAGCAUACAUCAAAUAUUGUUUUUCACUAUGCCUGAUUUUAAGGCUUGACAUUUUUUCACCUAUUUCUUUGUCCCUAGUACCUCAGGUAGAUGUACUUUGCAUCCUUGAAGCAGAUCCUCAUUUGUCAAGCCUCCAUCUAGUAAACAAAGCAUUACAAGAUAUCUUUGUGCUGCCUCUAUUCAGAGCUCUGCAGUGUCAUGACACUCUGACAAAGCUCUCAUUGCCUGGGAACAGGAUAGGUAUGUACAAAGAGGUUCCAGUGAUACUCUCAAAGUCAUGACUACAUUGAUCCACCAUCUAUAUUGUAACUCAAUGAACAAAGUGACAUGAAAUUUUUUGAUCAAUUUAAAGUACUUUUUAUUACUGGAUUCUCAUCCAGGUGACUCUGGCAUCCAGCAUCUAGUAUCAGCUCUCCCAACUCUCCCCUCCCUUGCUGUACUGGACCUGGCCUCCAAUGGAAUAACUAACAAAGGACUGUCAUUUGUUGCUGGUGCUUUGACUUCCAAGGAAUCACUGAGUUCAGGACCACAACAGGUUUGAAAAUUGCUCCCAAAAAGGUGGGAGAUAUGUCACUGGCAUCUGUUUUACCUUGUCUUGAAAGUAGUGACCCACAUUUCUUGCAGUUUUGGCAACUUUAUCCUUUCAGCCCUUGUCAUUACUUCAAGACUAGCUGAAGCUUGCACUGUGAAUGGUCCACUCUAAGUUAUUGAAAUUUUUUAAGAGAACAUUAGCAAAAUUAUUGCUUACUAUCAGAGAUAUCUUAAUAGAAUUUUAUUAUAAGGGAAGUUUCUUACAAUUUUACUAACAUUUGUAUUUCAAAAAUAUUUUCAAAGCUUUUCAAUUUUAACUGAGCUAAGUUUUGAAGCUCACUAAAUCAUGUUAGCAUGUAUUGUGCUCUAUAUAAGAAUUUUACAACUAUCAUUGCCUCAGUUUAGAAAUAUUUACAAUUAACUAUCACUAUGCUGUUGUCUCUUUUUCCAGAACUGUAUUCUUCAAAAGUUGGAGGAACUUGUUAUCAGCUAUAACUGGUUGGGAGACAGUGCAGGUAGUUCACUGGCUGUCAUUCUUAAAGGAUGUCCUAUUCUAAACAUUCUAAGAAUAGAAUCUUGUGGGUUGACUCAUGAAGUUGUUGCCCAGGGAAAAGCAUUUGCUUCAGCCUUAAAAGGUGAAUUUGUAAUUAAGAGUAUGUGAGUCUAACAAAGAUUAGUGGAUGCUAGUGGGUCAAAUCAUAACUAGGGCUAAAUCUAGAUUUUACCUUAGCUGAGGAUUUUGAUUUCUACUCUGUGACAAGACAUUUAACCUAAGAUUAAGGGUUCAUGUGUAGAGGAGAAUAAUCAAGGGGAUAUUUUCCAGCCUUAUGUUUUUGUUGUUUUGAGAGUGCAUUUUACAUUUACCUCUCCCUUUGCCUUUGUCCAUCAAUGCUUCGAAUGAUCAAGCGCAUUAUCCAAAAUUUGGUGGUACAUUUAUUUUUCUUUAAGCUUCAACUAGUGAGUUUUUUGUUUUUGUCCUAGAGGAGUCUGUUAGCUUGUACUAGAAGGUGAUCUAUUUAAAGUCAAAUUAUUUAUAAGCAUCUUAACAGUGAGAUUUCUUGAGGUGUAUUAAAAUGCAGAUCAUACUUUUUCCACUCUAACCAUGGCUAGUUACACAUAACUCUGAAAACACUAACUUAUGAAAUGUACUCAUAGCACAAUGAUGUAUGGUUUACUCCUUCAGGUUCAAAGUUAUUACAAUUGUCUGUGGCCUACAAUUCUCUUGGCCCUCAAGGAAUAACAGAUUUAAUGAGAGCUCUUCCAUCUGAGUCAUUGAAUCACCUGAAUGUAACCUCAUCGCUGCAAGAUCAAGGCAAUCAAUUGGCUUUCCAAAGUAUAGAGGGAUUUAUGGAAGUAUGUACAAGCUAAAUACUUACUGUCAAUUAGAGAAGAGAAUUUUAGCUCUCAAUUGAGAUUUCUGCAUGUGUAAAUUUCCAGUUGUUGAAAAGAGCGACAUUCCUUUUCACACUGUUAGAGGUUUUGUAGUUUGAUAAAUUUCUGCAUCACUGAGUUUGGUUCUUUGAAUUUUUGACACAGCAUAAACUGAAACAUGGACAUUUUAAUGAAAUUUCUGUCCUCUCAAAACUUUUUUCAAACAUUGCAAACAGAAAUCUAAUGAUUUGCACUUCAGUACCAUAAAAAUGCUAUUUUGUAAACUCUAUAAUCUACACCAUUCCUGUUUUGGAAUGUGUAUUGGAAAUUAUUUGAUUACUGAGUGUUCAGUGCAACAUUACUUUGAGAUUUCAUAGUUUUAACAGCAUAACAUGAUGUGUGCAUUUUUAGAUUGGCUGUAUCCUUUCUCAUCUGGUUCUUGGAGAUUGCUUUAUUGGCAACAAGGACCUGGAGCUUCUCUUCAAAGCUAGACAUAUAUUCUCAAUUCUCAGUUUGGAUCUGAGUUGCAAUAAAAUUGGUGCUGAUGGAUUACCAUUCCUGGAAAGGUCAGACUUCAAAACAAUGAUUUCUUGCAUACUAAUCACCCUAUAUUGCUGAAGUUUACCUGAGGAAAAAAGCUCUCUAAAAAAGUACAAAUUCUCCUUGUCAGCGUAGUAAGAAAUUUAUAGAAAACAAUAUCAAGAAUAAGCAUACUGAGGGUUAACAUUAAUCUCAUGCUUUUAAUUUUUUUUAGACUUGUGAGGGAAAGCUGCAAACUUUCAACUCUUGUUCUGGCUGGUAAUGAAGGCAUUGACUCUGUGGGAGUCAAGGGUUUGCUUGUGGCAGCUAAGGACAGUAAAACCCUCAGAAAGCUAAAUUUGUCUACUUGUGGAGUUCAAUCACCUCUUGAUGACUCAUUCUUUGAUGCUUUAAAAACCGCAAUUUCACAAGGAGACAGGGAAUGCUGUCUUGCAGAACUAGAACUAUCUCACAAUCUGAUCAGUACUGUUGAUAAAGAAAGAUUGGCAGAAGAGUGGCAUAUAGGGUAUGGAGGAGAAGGUUUAACAUGCUUAAAGAAUAAUCUCUGCUUGUUGACAAAGUCAUAAAUUGUGGUGGGUGAGCUAAAUUGAAUUCAUUCAAAUUGUAAAUAAAGGGCUUAUAUUUGUAGAAUAUCAAGUGUUUUUUACUUCUGACAGUGUAAUGUUACUCAAAUUUAAUGGGCAAGAUUUUUAGUGUUACUGUGGC